AUGACUUGUUACACGUGGCCCUCUCUUCACUAUUUAGUCAAAGCUUUUCAAAGAGCGGACAAUUUCCUUAACUCUACUCUUCCAGAGACACUCGUUUCUAACCGAUCGACUUUCCUUUCGUGGGGUAACUUCACUCUGGACAAUUGGGAGAACUUUGUGGACUCGGCAAAAUACGAGGCGGAAUCCCAAAAUGCAACCGUCAAAGCUUUGCUUAUAGCAGCCUACUCGGUUAUUAUAGUCAUCUCUCUGUUUGGAAAUAUCCUUGUGUGCCAGGUGGUAAUAAAGAACAAGCGGAUGCAUUCUGCCACCAGUCUGUUCAUUGUUAAUCUGGCUGGAGCCGAUAUCAUGAUCACCCUGCUCAACACUCCGUUUACCCUGGUUCGGUUCGUUAACAGCACUUGGGUUUUCGGACAAGGCAUGUGCCACAUCAGCCGCUUCGCCCAGUACUGUUCUUUACAUGUUUCCACCCUCACCCUGACAGCCAUCGCCGUAGACAGGCAUCAGGCUAUCAUGCAUCCUUUGAAGCCUCGGGUAUCACCCGUGAAGGGUAUGAUUUACAUCAUUAUCAUCUGGAUUAUGGCCAGUUGUUUCUCCCUCCCACAUGCUAUCUAUCAGAAGCUCUUCAGAUUUGAAUACAGUAAAGAAAAAAUUCGAAGUUUGUGUGUGCCCAACUUCCCAGAGCCAGCAGACCUUUUCUGGAAGUAUCUGGACUUGGCGACAUUUGUCAUGCUGUAUGUACUUCCCCUUUUAAUCAUCACUAUCACAUACACCACUGUUGCCAAGAAGUUAUGGCUUCGCAAUGCAAUUGGAGAUGUGACAACUGAGCAGUAUUUUGCACAUCGGCGGAAAAAGAAAAAGACAAUUAAAAUGCUGAUGCUGGUUGUGAUAGUAUUUGCUGUCUGCUGGUUUCCUCUGAACUGUUAUGUUGUCCUUAUUUCUAGUCAAACCAUUCAUACUAAUAAUGCUCUCUAUUUUGCUUUCCACUGGUUUGCGAUGAGCAGUACUUGCUAUAACCCUUUUAUCUAUUGCUGGUUAAAUGAGAGUUUUCGCUUAGAACUUAAAUCUCUCUUGAAUAUAUUCAGAAGAGAACAUGGAAUGCAGGAACACAUACUUCCCUGCACAGCCCCUUCUUACAGGCUAGCCUGGCCUGAACAUAACAACUCCAAGAGGGAACAAUACCCUCAAAGUCUGCAAUCCAACAGCAACAUCCAAUCAGGAAAGACAGAUAUUUCAUCUGUUGAACCAAUAGUCCCUGUGAAUUAG